GCUCCCCAGUGUCCCUGGUACCCCUGUUGGGGAGAAGGGAAGGGGUAUGUAUCCUGGUGCCCAAGCGAAGUCCGGUCCAGAGGGGCUGACUUCUGAGAAAACUCCGCCUUCUCCCCACCUGCGGUCACAGACGGGCAAGUGAAGGGGCGUGACCCUGGUGCUCAGGUUUCUUCCUCUACACCUGGGGCCAGGACUUCCGGCCCAGGUGAGUGUCCCUUCGGUGACGUCAGGUCACCCUUGGCCGCCCCUCCUGUUCCGCUCCCCCUCGAGUUCCCAGUGCCGGCAGGGGCGCGCCACCAACGCCCUACAUAUACUCAGGUGCGCCGCACCUGUCUGCCCUCAUCUGCCCGCUCGCGGCUGCUUAUUUGCACCUUAACCUCGGGGCGGACAGCAGAGGGUACUUUGGGGAAUUCCAGCUCCCAGGACCGCCCACAAGGCCCCUCACCUUUUGUUUGGGUAGCGUCUCCGAGAGUGCCGGAGGGAACGGCCUGGCCUUUGAGAGUCGCCUUUGUAGGCUACUAGUCCUCCCGACGUAGUCUGCUCCCUCUGCUGUGAGACCCUCGCCAGGCCGGAGGGGCAAUUCGUGUUUACUUCGGGUGGUAAGAAAUUUGCAGUCACUUGGCAAAAAAUUUUUUUGCUCUUUGGGCAGUUUACAACUCUACCCCAAGUUGUCUUGUGGGGUUGCCCCUCAGUUUGUUUGCUUUACUGCAGAGGGGCCAGCCCGGCGCCCCCAGUCUCUUCUGAGGCGGAAUGGCCAAUUCGGGCCUGCAGCUGCUGGGCUUUUCCAUGGCCCUGCUGGGCUGGGUGGGCCUGGUGGCGAGCACUGCCAUUCCGCAGUGGCAGAUGAGUUCGUACGCGGGCGACAACAUCAUCACAGCCCAGGCCAUGUACAAGGGGCUGUGGAUGGACUGCGUCACGCAGAGCACGGGAGUGAUGAGCUGCAAAAUGUACGACUCGGUGCUCGCCUUGUCGGCGGCUAUUCAGGCCACUCGAGCCCUAAUGGUGGUAUCCCUAGUGCUGGGCGUCCUGGCCAUGUUUGUGGCCACAAUAGGCAUGAAGUGUACACGUUGUGGGGGAGACGACAAAGUGAAGAAGGCCCGUAUAGCCAUGACAGGAGGCAUCAUUUUCAUCGUAGCAGGUCUUGCCGCAUUGACAGCUUGCUCCUGGUAUGGUCAUAUGAUUGUCACAGACUUUUAUAACCCUUUGGUCCCCACAAAUAUUAAGUACGAGUUUGGUCCUGCCAUCUUCAUUGGCUGGGCAGGGUCUGCUCUGACUCUCUUGGGAGGUGCACUACUCUCUUGCUCCUGUCCUGGGAGUGAGGGCAAAGCUGGGUACCGUGCAUCUCACUCCUACCCUAAGCCCAACUCUGCCAAAGAGUACGUGUGAGCUGGGAGCCCCUUGCCCCAGCCUCGCAGCCUGUGAGUGUGCCCAAACACUUGAAAAGGACCUGGGGCAGAGAGCUCAGCCUGUGCAGCAGAUGCCUUAGGGUCACUGCAGUCCUGCACACCAUGUACAGUUCCCUGGGGGCUGGGUUAAGGACACCAAAAGAGGGGUAGGUGUGUUUUUUGUACAGUAAUAAAAAAUAUGUUUUGGA